AUGGCGUCGGGCAGCUCGAUGCCCUUCUCCUCUCUCCACCCGACCCCGAAUGGUGGCCGCAAACCCAAGAACCUCGGUGAAUUCAUCGCGCGUGUCCAAGCAGAGCGUGGUUUCCGCAAUGUCACAGAAGAAAGUCUGAAGCAGGAGAUUGAGGACAGGAAUGAUGGAGUCGCCGAAGUGAAAGAGGAAGAUACCCCCAUGGCUGAUGAAAAGGAGAACGAGGAAGAGCCGGCGGAUGCUAACGCUGCGCGAAUGGAAGUGCUAAAGAAUAUUGAUGUGGCUCAAAACGCUGCUCUCAUGACUCUCGACUUUAUAUCAUUGCUGCUCUCUAAGGAAAGCCCCGCCCAGGCUGGUGUUACCCUCUCCCAGCAGUUGCGAGAAUGGACUGGCAUUGGCACUUUAGGAAUUGCCAAACGCGAAGAUAAUGAAGAGCAGAAGCAACGCGACGCUGAGAAGGCCAAGGACAACCGUGACAUCUCGCUCGGCUGGGCCUUGAUUGAUAUCAACACGACGAAGGCGUCGGCAGAGAAGGCGGCUAGCCACUUGAGCAAGGAGAUCGAGCGCGAGGAGAAGUACUGGGCCGAGGUGUUGGCGGUACGUGAGGCUGGAUGGUCGAUGUGCCGGAUGCCGACGGAGAGGCAUACUCUUGGCGUGCGGUUCGGAUUUUCAGAAGCGUCACCCGAGUUCAGAAAUAGCAGUCUUGCCCCCUUGCGCCGUGGUGAUGAUGGCUCAGCACUUCUUCAGCAUGGUAGAGUCGGCUCAGGCUGCCAACGCCUAGGCAUCACCAUAAGCAGGUCGGGCGAAUCCACCGGCCGCCUUGCCGUUGGAACCUCUGUCCCAGACAGCGCAUCAUUGCAAGAUCGCGUCCUUGAGGCCAGAAACACCAUCUUCGCGCAAGAACUCUGGCACGAACUGCACCGCGAGGCCCAUUCACUCGCAUCUUAUGGAGUUCGCGCAAGCAAUUCCGCGAUAUCCUUCAACCCCGCCUCAGGGCCAAGCCUCACCAUCGAGCUGGAGACGCUCGAAGACAGCGCCAACACGGUUGAUGACCACCCCGACAACAAGCUCGCGGAAGCGACACAUCUGGGACUACACAUCUUCCUUAGCCACGCCCAUCGUCUGAAUGAGCUUCAACGUUUGCGACCCACGCCCCCUCAUCAGCGUCGGCAUCAAACGCAAAAUCAAUACCACCUUCUCCGUCCCAUAGUGGCCAAGCUCCUCCACGACCGGUCGAUAGAGCAAGUGACCCGCUUCGUUGGUGACCUUACCACUAUCCUUCGCCAAGCGGGCGUCGAUGCAGCCUCAUUCAUUCUUAACACCUCUCCUUUCCCGACUACGGACCUGCGAAACAACUCUGGUGGCGCCUCUAACCGUCCCAACGCUUCCCAGGCUCUCGCCAACAUGUUCACAACCACACCCGCCGACUUUCAAGUUGAACUUACCCUAUCUCCCACGUCUCGUCUCCAAAUCCGCGGCCGUACUUUCCUGACGCCCCUUACAACAACCCAAUUCCAAGUCCAACUCCUCCCUAACACAUCCGACUCGGCCAACCCGGAACCAGUCCCUAAUUCAUUGCAAACGUCAUACCCGCCCUCCCGCGAUUCCUACCCAGACCUAUCUGCCCUGACGCUCUACCUUGCCAACGCCGCAGCGCACGCAUUAACCGAUUUCUCCAUGACCCUCAUUCCCCCACCUCAGUCAAACUCUUCGGAGCCUGCCCGCCCGGAAUGGGUAAAAAACGUCCGAGGCACCGCCAUCCGCGACAUCGACACAGAGAUUCGCGAGAUCCGCUUCGACAUUGUCGACGGCGCCGAAAGCCGGCCGACCCUUCAAGUCGGCGCCGCCUGGCGCACAAGCGAUAACCAGUCACGUAUUAAGCGUUGGACCUGGUCUGCCGGGGCCAGCCAGGAUAACCCUACGAUCGUCCGCAUCAGCGACAUCGUGACCGCCGUCGUUGAGUCAAAAGAUAUCUAG